GCUUAGUUCCCUUCCAAUACCCUUCUCUAAACAUUGGUAACUGACGUAUCUUUGCUUCAAUCUGACUUCGUCGGCAUUCCACGUUCCCUAACUCCCAACAGUGGACCGUCGAAACUCUCAUCUCAACUCAUAAACAAACAAUACCUUUCAUUCUCUCUCUUAAUCAUUAUUCCUAUUGACGGUGGCUUAAUCUUCGAUCAUGUCUAUAACUCCGAUCAUUACGUUCAAAGCAGGUAUCUGUGACUUGGAUGCAUCCUCCACAGUUAAGCCAAAACCUACCCCAGGUUAUAUCUAUCUCUACUCGGAAGAUGAGCUAGUACACUUUUGUUGGCGCCCUCGGUCUGCUCCCCACACGGAGCCCGAAUUGGACCUGGUGAUGGUCCCAUCGGACGGAAGCUUCACUCCCUACAAGCCAGCCGGAAAUGCAAAUCCUACGAACGGUCGGAUUUAUGUCUUGAAGUUUUCCUCCAGCUCUCAACGGUAUCUUUUCUGGCUACAGUCUAAGUCUCAACAUGAGAGGGGAGAUGCUAGCUGGUUCAGCCCCAGAGAUCUCAAGCUUGGAGACAUUAUCAACACGCUACUUCAGGGUGAAGAUAUUGACGUGGAGCAUGAAAUUGCGAACCUCCCCAGAGGUCCGUCUGGUGGUGACGAUGAUGAGACCAUGGAGGAUGUUGAGGGUGUGGACCAUAACCCAAACCAUAACCACGGUGGCAACAGUGGAGGUGCCGGUCCGGAUGCAACUGGGGGAGAUAUCAGGGAAGAAGGCGAGGAAUCGCGGGAGGGUGGUGCCGAUGGUGGAAGAGCGGCAGCAGCUGAUUCAGAUCCCUCUUCUGUUGUGCAGAGCUUUUUGCAAUCUUUACAAAGGAAUUCGACCCAGUCCCAGUCCCAGGACCCUGACAGACCAUUUACUACUCUGCAAGAUCUUCUUCCACCGGCGACUACGCUUCCUUUCCUAGAGUCUGCGGAUGAUAAGACUGUUGAUAAUCUCUUGAGCUUUUUACCGCCUGCAUUACUCCUCUUGGCACAAGAUGUAGAGGACGUGUCUUCUGUUGAUGACCCUGAGCUGACCGAGGCCGUCAUGGCAUCCCUCGACCUUUCACAAAAAAAAAAUAUCCUUAGAAAAGUCCUACACUCGCCUCAAUUCACCCAGAGCCUUGCAAGUUUGACGGUGGCGAUCAGAGAUGGCGGAUUACCGAGCAUUAGUGAGGCCCUCAAAAUCCCGGUUGCGAAUGGAGGGUUUAUGCGUAGAGGAGGAGUUCCGUUAGGCAGUGGUGACGCUGUUGAGGCUUUUCUCCAAGGCGUUAGGGAUCAUGUUAAAGACUCGGAUCAGGGAAACCAGAUGGAGACCGAUUGAAUUGAAUUGGAUCGGAUUGGAUAAAUAUUGAGCAUGUUAAGUAUGGACACUUUAAGGAGGUCCUGAUGAGGAGUUAGUACCCAUCGAAUGUUUCUCUUUUCAAAUCUAAACUAUAGUAAGAGGUGCUGUCAAGAGGACGAUCGAAUAAUAAUGGUGUCUGAGAUUAAUAAUAGUCUAGUUAUCUUGCAUUAGAGUUAUUUUUGGGUAUUGGCGGGACCACCGGUUAGGCAACGCCGUAAUUUGGCCACAUUUCAAGAUCAGUUUUCGUUUGGUACUGUAAUUAUUGCUCUUGGAGGGAGAGUUCCAUGACAGUUAAAAAGACCAGAGAUUGAUAUUAUAGAGUUGAAAGAUUGAUAAGAAGAAACAAA